AUGCCGCCCCGGGACAAGACUCCCCCACCUCCCCCUUUCCUCGCACACGCUCGGAUCCUUGAUCGCGGGGAACGCGUUUCCGGCGGACGGCGGGCGGUGUGGCGCAGCGUCCGGCGCCCACGAGCCCGCGCUUUUCGUGCUGCCGGGUUUCCUGCGGCGGUCUCUGUUCUCAGCGGGAGUUGGUGGCUCGCUUUGUCCCGCGGCGGCGGCGCUUCCUCGAAACUCAAAAUGCCUGUUAGAAGAUCACUGAAAUGGAGUGAUCUGUUAGAAGAAAAUUCAUUUGAUCCUUCAGAAAUCAAAAUGAAGAAAAGUAUUAUAACUCAUUCUCCAACAACUGGAACUUGUCAAAUGAGCCCAUUUGCUUCUCCCGCAAGUUCUAAAGAACAAGAGCACAGAAAUGGACCAUCAAAUGGAAAGAGAAAAGAACUGAAUCAUCUCAGUUUAACUGAAAGAAAGAAAUCUAGAACACAAGACGAUGAAUUCAUGAUUCUGCUUUCUGAAGUUGAGAAAUCAUCAGAUGAAAUCGUGAAAACAAUGCAGAACUUAAGGAGUAUACAGGCUUUGGAGGGCAGUAGAGAGCUUGAAAACCUCAUUGGUGUCUCCUGUGCUUCACGUUUCUUAAAAAGAGAGAUGCAGAAAACCAAAGAACUAUUGACAAAAGUAACAAAACAAAAAUUGCUUGAAAAGGGUUCUGGACUUCUUCGCAAAGAAUCAUGUCAUCUUGACAGCUAUGAAUUCCUUAAAGCCAUUUCAAACUGAGGAACUGCCCCAUUCCCUUGAUGGCGCUGAAAAGGUCAAAUCCUCGCCUUUUUGUCCCCAGACACCAGAUGCUGACUUCUGAAGACGCUCGGUUCCCGCUCCCAUGCCCCUUCUAACCUCUCCGA